AUGAAGCAGAAUUUGGUUUGGUUGAUCAGCCUUGGUUCUACGAGCUUUGCUGCCACGUUUGAUCCGUUGGAGCAUCUGGGUGCCAAUUCUCCAUGGUUUGCUGGUCCAAAUGUGAACAAGAUAUCUUCUGAUAUUCCUGACGGCUGCUCUGUUGACCAAGCCGUUUAUGUCGUUCGCCAUGGUAGCAGAUACCCUGACCCUGGCGCCUACGCGGAAUGGCAGGCUCUGCAUGAAGCGAUUCAAUCUGCCAGCUUCCACGCCUCCGGGUCUUUGGAUUUCCUUGCCGACUGGAGCCCUGUCUUGAGCCAUCCAGACCAGCAAAUCGCUCAAGUGUCCAUCACCGGCUACAAGGAAUUGUACAAUCUUGGAGCUGACCUGCGGUUCCGGUACCCAACAUUCUACACAGACAACACCCCAUUCCUGCUCUGGGCGAACGAGUACCAGCGGACAAUUGAUUCUGCCAGACUGUUCGCCCGUGGUUACUUGGGUCCCAACUCAUCUUUGGCCGACAUUUACGCCAUCAAUGCGGACGCCACAGGAGCAGCAGGCAACUCUCUAGCGACUUCUGAUCAGUGCCCUCUUUUCAAAGAUGCCAGCGGAGGAAAUUAUGCCACUACCUGGGACUCGAUCUACCUCCCUCCUAUCACGGAGAGGCUAAACAAACUCAUUCACGGUAACCUGACCCUCACAGACAGUCAAGUCUCCAUCUUCCCGUACCUCUGUGGGUUCGAAACUCAGAUCACUGGGAGCACAAGCCCGUUCUGCGAUAUCUUUACCAAGGAGGAAAUUCUGCAGUACGAGUAUCGUCAGGAUCUGCGAUACUACUACGGAACAGGUGCUGGUGCCGGCAAGAACAUGACCGUCCAGUACCCAGUGCUUCAGGGUAUUGUGAAUCUCCUCAAAGAGGGACCGAAUGCCACCACUGAGACGAGCACUGGGUCUGAAAAGCUCCCACUUUUCAUUGUGGCCUUUACCCACGACAAUCAGAUUAACGAACUAGCUUCUAUCCUAGGCGUCUUUGACAGCCAGAAGCCGCUCUCCGCAAAGCGGAUUGAUAGCGAUAGAAUCUACGUCAGCAGCCGCACAUCACCCAUGAGGGGAACUAUUGCAUUUGAGCGUCUGAACUGCAAGGCCCGUAAGGGAAGCUCAGUCAAUGUGCGCAUCCUGAUCAACGAUGCUGUUUACCCUGUCCCAUCAUGCCGUUCCGGACCUGGCCAGAGCUGCCCUGUCGACGACUACGCCAAGUACGUCACCAAGCAGAAGCGCAAGUAUGGCUCUUAUGCGUCUGUCUGCGGGCUUUCGCAGGAUGAGUUGACGACAAUUGGGGAGGACGAGUCUGUCACUUUCUUCAAGAACCUGACACUGCCUUUUAUGACAGUUGUUAAACCCUGA